AUGCUGGUGAAGGACAUUGGCUUUCCACCAGAGGGUGUUGCGGAGGUCAGCGUUAUUGUCGACAGCCGUCCCGCCUUUCAGUGGAAGUAUUGCAAGGGGGGGUUGGAGAACAUUUCCGACCAAGGUGACAUCUACACGAGAGACUGCAAAGCAUCUGAAACAAACGGCGUCCGAUCAGCUGCUUGCCUGCCACGUGGCGUGAAGGUACAUCUUGGCUUCCAGCUGAUUGGCACCCACGCUUGCUUUGGAGUGGGUACAAAAUCAGUGGAGCUCUCUGCGGAUACCUACUGCACACUCUAUGGACAAGACGAAAACAGCUGGGCUAUUGCUUUCGGAACUGAGAUCGGGAACAGUUUGCAAGCUUGGCACUCUGGAAAGAUUGUCGAAUUCUACAGAGCAGGUGCAAGGGAACAUCCAGUUCCUCCCAGCGAUAUUGUACUCGCACCCUUUGACAGAACAACAUGGUUUCAUGUGAGCUUUCUGCUCGACCUGGACGGAAGCUUCUUUGUGUGGCUGCCGGGUUCAUCCGAUGAGGAUGCCGUUGUUGUCCCUUUUCAGGUUCCAAAGGAUGCGGAGGUGUACGUAGUGGCCUCCACAGUCUUCGGGAAUG